AUGGUGGUCUCCACUUUACUCUUUUGCCUUCUUUCUUUUCAAUUACCAUUUGUUUUUCCUGCAAGAAAUAUUUCUCUCAAGUGCAUGCAAGAUACUGAUGAAUUCCUUUCUGAUCUGAAUUCAGUGGAGCCCAAAGAAUACGCCCUGAGAAUGUAUGACUCUUUGGGGAAGCUUGGGAGCAACAUUCUUAACGGCAACCUGGACAGGCUGGGAUCUUACAGCGAGUGUCUCUCUACCCAAAGCCCCACUAGAAGCUUCCAAGGGCAGUAUUGCAAGCUUCAUAUACUCCAGGAGGGAGCCGAGUACAGUGUGGGUGUAUGUGUCCCUGAUUCUUGUACUGAAGAGGAUGUGACUAUGAUAUCUCAGCUGGAUAUUUUAAGAUUUAGGAACACCUCAUUCUCAGCCCCCUCCCUCUCCUUCUUUGCAUCAAAUUCUUCCUCCUUGGCUGGCGGGAGUGUGGCCAGAUGUGCUGCUGGAAUGUUUCCCCUGGACACCUUCGCUGCUGUGUGUCUGUUCCUCACCUUGCUGGGUCUCACUCUCCCUCUUGCUGGAACAGUCUACGUGGCUGCCAGGGACCUCAGGACAUUGUCAGUGGCCGGUGACGCCCCCUCCGCCAGUUACGGGAGUCUGCCCCUGAGAAAGCUCGAGAGCCGUGAGCACAGAAGCGGGACGCAUGGGACAGCUUGGCAGGCCCCUCUCUCCCUGGCCGGACCUGCAAGCAGAGGAAAAAGUUUUCUAGGAUCCACGGACCGUGCUCUGCAGUGUUUCUCUUGGCAGAAGAAUGUGUCGGCCAUCUGGACCGCCAAGAUGCCAAGAGGCACCUGCCCUGCACUAAAUGGCAUCCGGGUCUUGAGCCUCCUCUGGAUCAUCUCAGGACACACCAGCCAGAUGACGGCGUGGCUGUCUUUGGAUAAUGUGCUUGAAUGGAAAACCAGGGUACCUAAAAACCCACUAUACCUUUAUUCUCGGAGCGGCCCAUUCUAUCUCGGGGUUGAUACAUUUUUCCUGAUCAGUGGUUGGUUAAGUGCAAGGUCAUUUCUAAAGAUGCAUCAGAAUUCAGACAAAGGAAUAACCCUUAAGGUCAUAUGCAGAUACUUUUUCAAUCGUCUUGUAAGGCUGCAGCCUCUUCAUCUGUAUUCAGUGUGCUUGUUGGUUGGCUUGUUCUCUCUCGUUCCCUGGGGACCUGUCUGGGAAGUGCCCAAAGUCCACUGGGACAAUUGCCGGCAGGCGUGGUGGACGAACCUGCUGCUGCUGAACAACUUCAUGCUGGUUCGCAAUGCGUGCAGCGGCUGGACUUGGUACCUGGCCACCGACUUCCAGUUCCACUUCAUGACACCGGUGAUCCUCUUCAUCCACGGAAAAAGUAAACAUGUCCUUGUCCUGCUCGGGGCCAUGCUGUUCCUGUCGUCUUUCGCUGCCACUGCGAUGCUCACGUUGGCUUAUAAACUUCCGGUGGCGUCUCUGUCUGCAGCCGAUGAAAAAGAGGCUGGGUUAUAUUUCUUGGAAUAUUACACCAAGCCCUACUGCCGAUGUGGACCAUUUCUCGUGGGCCUUUUUUUGAGUAUUUUCAUGCAUCAAAACCAUCAGUCGAACUUUCUCAAAACUAAGGUGCAGGCCCUGUUGGGGUGGACUUGCUCCCUGCUGACUUUGUUUGUGGUUGUUGCCCUGGCGUACGUAGUGGAUGACAUCUCUGCUGUCUCUUCUGUGGCUGCUGCCAUCUACCAGGCCCUUCACCGGACCCUGUGGGCAGUGGCCGUGGGCUGGGUCAUCUUUGCCUGCCAGGAAGGUUAUGGAGGUCUGGUCAACCAGAUGCUUUCCUGUGAUCUCUGGCGUUUCCUAUCCAGCAUCAGCUACGCCUGCUACCUGGUGCACCCAAUGCUGAUCAUCCUGUACAACGGACUUCAGGAGACGCUCAUUCACUACACCGACACCAACAUGUUCUAUCUUUUCUCUGGACACUGUGUGCUGACCUUGGUCUCGGGGCUGGCCCUGACGCUGUUCAUUGAGAAGCCGUGGCAGGAGCUGACGCGGUGCCUGCGGGGCCCCGAGUGCUCUGGCUGAAACCCCAAAGAACGGAUGGCCCUGUGUUGAUGGGGAAGAGCAGAGUCCUGAGAAGGCUGUGAACCUAAUCUGGGGACAUCCAGUACAUACAAGUUCUUUGUGCUUAAGUGUAGGAAAGAGUUCUAUGAUAGAUUUUGUAGCAGUACAAUAAUCACUCUCUGCUGAAACUUUUAAACAAAAAUAUCUGGAUAGUUGAGAGGUUGGCUUGCUUCCGAUCAUAGUGUUAAAGGACAGGGGAGACCAGGCCCGAGGGAUUCCCUAAAUGACAGAGCCAGUGUACUCUCCUAAGUGACCUCAAUUUUGGUUGUUUUGCAAAUACAGAGAAGACUUAACUCGAGCUAUUUCUUGUAAAUGCAGGUAUUAUAGCAAAGAAAAACAGAAGUUAAGCUCAACCAAUCAGGAACAACCAGUGAACUUGAAGUCCCAUAUAAAUUGGGGGUUUCCUAUGACAGUGACCAAAUAAGGCAGCUGCCGCCAACCCUCACCAGUCAUACAUUGCCUUUACUGUACUUCUGUGACUGUAAAGGUCUCCUCUUGUCUCUUUGUGUCCCCAAGGUGGCGCUUUUGAGCUAUUCUGAUUUGGAGCCUCCCAAUCUGAUUUUUGUUUGCUCAAAUAAACUGUAAAAAUGUAUUGUGUCUAAGUUUAUUUUUACCAGCACGAGAUGGUCUACAAAGGUAGCAAACUUAUUGUCAUUUGACUUAUGAUGCUCACUUGGGUUAUAACACUUGCUGUUCCCAAUAAAAUCACUGUUUGUAGU